CGUUUCCGACACAACAAUACACAGCGGACUCCAUAACUGUACAUUGCACGGUCCAACUCCCUCACGCCUUGCUAACGGUAUGGCGGACGGCGAGAGGUCCCCGUUACUGUCAGAUCUUGGAGAUGGUGCUCCUGGCAGCGGUAACGGUGGAGUGUCUCCUGGUGCACCUCCUUAUGGUUUGCCAAAUAAACCACAAAGCUUCCCUCCGUUUCCCAGUCCCACCCAGCCCUCUGUGCUCCUGGGCGAGGACCCCCCUCCGUACUCUCCCCUCACCUCCCCAGAGAGUGGCAGUGCCCCUGUCAUCAGUUGCCGAGUAUGCCAAAGCCUUAUCUCCGUAGAGGGCAAGACCCACCAGCAUGUGGUCAAGUGUGGGGUCUGCAACGAGGCUACGCCAAUAAAGAAUGCACCAGCCGGCAAAAAGUACGUCCGCUGCCCCUGCAACUGUCUGCUCAUCUGCAAAGUCACCUCCCAGAGGAUCGCCUGUCCCCGGCCAUACUGUAAGAGGAUAAUCAACCUGGGUCCAGUGCACCCUGGGCCAGCUAGUCCAGACCCCCAGCCUGCCGGAGCGAGGGUCUCGUGUGGACACUGCAGCAACACUUUCCUGUGGACAGAAUUUACUGACAGGACACUGGCCAGGUGCCCUCACUGCAGGAAAGUAUCUUCUAUUGGCCAGAGGUACCCCCGGAGGCGGAGCUUGUGGUGUUUUCUACUCUGCUUGCUCUUCAGCAUCUCUACUGCUGGGCUGAUAGCCGGCACAUGGUUCCAGGCCCAGGACUACAAGGGCAUCUAUGCCUCAUGGGCUGUCUUGAUCCUGCUGGUUCUGCUCACCCUAGGCCGGGCUUUCUACUGGGCCUGCAUGCGUGUUAGUGAGCCCCUGCAGAACUUCACAUAGACCCCCCUCCCAAUGCACACACAUAUACACACAUACAGGACCCGAGAUGAAGGAGGAGAGACUUUUCUUUUCAGAUAAAAGAAAGAAAAAAAAGAAUAUUUAUUGAGCUGAAAAUCCAAGUCCCCAGUUCUCCUUUUCCUUUCCCCUCCCUUUUCUCUUUUAGUUAUUGUUCAGUGUGUUUCUAAACUGGGGUGGAGAUGUGUGUGUGUGUGUGUGUGUGUAUAUAUAUAUAUAUAUAUAAUCUUGUGGCCAGAGGGAGUUCAUUUUACAUUUUAAAAUAAUGUUUCCCCUUUGCUUUCAUUGUGGCUCAGACCUAUCCAUGUCAAAACCGCAUUAGGGCAUGGCUCGUUAUGUAAGUUUUAACAGUUGACAUAGUCCUAAUCCUGAUUUAAAAUGAAUUCAAUCUGGGCAUUUUGACAUGACAAAAAAAUAGAUAUAUUUUGGUGAGCAUUAUGAACGUAAAUCAGAUCAAACUAAAAACUUAGCCAGUGUGAAAUGAUGAACGCAGCCUUCCCCUGUUUGGCUGAUUCUCAACUAGGGCCUAUACAGUAGGGUGUCUUCAAAGGGAAGCUAGUCAGUCUGUUUUUAAAUUGUGUUGAUGCUGCAUAUCUGUGGGACUGUCUUUGAUCCAAAGCAGCUUGGAAGCCUUAAAAAAGAGAGUAACAAGAUCAUAUUUUAACAUUCUCAUUGCCACACACACAACAAAACACUCUCCUUUUAUCACUUGACACUCACUUUAACAUACCAAAAACUGGAUUUUAAAUUUGUGGAAGGAGCCUUUUGGCGGUCUGAAAUCGGUUUGAUAUUGUGUUCGUACUCUUGGGGAUUUCACUUGAUUCAAGUGUUGGUCCUGGAAAUACCCCUAUUUUCCCCCCCCCUUUAGUGAGAAAUGUUUGACUUGUAGGUCUACAAUACUGUACACUAAUUAACAUUAAGUGAAACUACUCUUUCCGUGUGGUUGAGAUGAGGACCUUUUCUUGUGGAUGAACUAUAGAAGAUAACUCCAGCACUCUAUGACCUUGCUGGAGUGUCAUUUUAAAGGGGGGGGGGGUCAAGGAACAGUCACAGAGGAAGGAGAAAAAGAUGGCAGUUUGGAACAGGGUAGCAGAGAGGGAGAGUCAGGAGCGAAGGCUUACACAGCACACGCAUAUUAAAACACUAACCAAACGAACAGUAACUUGUCAGUGGUUCUGAAUGUGGUAAUAGUUUUUUAUGGCUUUCUGUUUAAUUGUAAAUAUAUUUGUGGUCUGUGUAAGGUGCGUUAAGCACCCUAAACAGAUAUUUUGCACUGUGGUGCUUAACACUAUGGGAUUCCUGGAGAAACUUAUAUUUGUUUAUGUUGGUGGCUGAAAAGGGUUCUUUUUGUAACCCUUUACCCGUGACCUGGCUUAAUGAGUUUAUUAAUACUAACCUAUCUAGCCUUUGGAUGAGAGAUCAUCCAAAUCAUAACCUAACACAUGCGCGCAGACACAUACAAACACACACACUUUACUAUCUGAACACAUUUCAGCAAUGUUACAAUAAAUGUCAUUCAACGGUAAUGAUGACAUUACACACACACUGCUACGGAUCAUCAUGCUCUACACAUACUGCUAUAUGAGAAGGUCGACCUGCUUGACAGGACGGCAGGUAGCAGACAGCGACAGUUCUUUUGAAAAUGUUAUUUAUUACAAAUGAUGAUCAUGUUUUAUCCAUGACUGUACAUUAUUGAUCAUGUUAAUGCCAACAAUCGAAACACCUGGCUGAUUCUCUGAACAGAGUUUGUUUACACUCGAAUAAAGACAUGAUGUAUGAUGAUGUGAACAUGGGCUUCAUCUGUUUAUUCAGGAAGAAUAAAGUUAAAGUAUGAA